CCAUAAUGGGCUUGUGCACAAGAUUCUAAUUGGCCUAGUCCAUUUUUCUCGUAGAAAUCUCGAGAGUGACAUGUGGGAAUAUCUGAGAUAUCGCGAGUGACUCAACCUCUUUCCUCCUAUUUCAUAUCCACCACAUCCUCUUUCCUUUCCCUUCCACAACAAUACCGGACAACCACGCCAUCUCACAUCAGUCUACUCAAUCAUUUUCAGCGCGUCUUUCAGCCCAUCAUGUCCCGAAGAAACAUCAGCUCAGGUUCUGCCUUUGAGGCACAAAUCGGCUACUCCCGUGCGGUGGUCUCGGGCGAUCUCAUCUUCGUGUCUGGAACCACGGGCUACAACUACGCGACAGGCGUCAUAUCCCCCAACAUUGUCGAGCAGACGGAGCAGACGAUGGAGAACAUCGCCGCCGCUCUCGCCGAGGCCGGCGCCGAGAUCAAGGACGUGGUGCGCGUCCGCUACAUUCUCCCCGACCGCAACGACUUCCAAAAGACCUGGCCGGUGCUCCAAAAGUACUUUGGCGAGGUCCGCCCCGCGGCGACUAUGAUCCAGGCGGCGUUGAUGGAGGACGUGAUGAUGAUUGAGAUUGAGGUCACGGCCAAGAAGGAGGUUGCCAGUUCGUAGUCGAAGCUACUGCGCGCGUAGGAUCCGCGAGCUGGAGCUCAUGCGAGAAGGUGAUGUUGUCUGGUGGGUUCGGUCUUGUGAGGAGUCUCGACGGCAAAAUGCAUUACGCGGGACGACUUGGUUGUGAAGAAAAUAGCCUAGCAAUGAGAUGCCCUAGUGAGCGAGAUGUAAGAGCAAAAGGGUUUUACCGAACUCUUAAUCUGUACACACUACCCAAUUGAGGAAGCAGUUCGUCCCACUGCUCAAAUCUCUCUGUCCAUACAAUAAUAGAGAGAAUGAGCUUGAUGUGGUU